GGGUCUGGUACGGCUGUGGAGCUCUCUCACUCUGCUGGGAUUCUUCCAGCAGCAGCGCUGUGCCUUCAGGGUUCUGCAGGUGUCUCCGUACCUGCUGGCGCUGACCGGGAACAGCCGGGACCUGGUGCUGGACCCAUGAGGGGCUGCGUGUUCCGGGCGGUCCCGCGGCGGUGUGUCCACGUGGGCCAGCGCUCCUCGCUCACCAGGACCUUCUCCCCCCGGGACGUGGAGCUCUUCUCCCAGCUGACCGGGGACCGCAACCCCCUCCACCUGGACGCGGUCUACGCCGCCACCACGCCCUUCCUGCGGCCCGUGGUCCACGGGGUGCUGGUCAACGGGCUGCUCUCCGCCCUGCUGGGCACCCGCAUGCCCGGGCCAGGCUGUGUCCUGCUGCACCAGAACCUCCGCUUCCCCCAGCCGCUGUACGUGGGGGAGGAGGUGGUGGCGGAGGCCGAGGUCACCAGGGUCCGGAUGGAGGUGGUGUUACUGGCGGUGCGGUGCUCCGCCGGGGAGAAGGUGGUGAUGGAGGGGGAGGUGAAGCUGAUGGUGCCCCAGGAGAAGACCUAGAGGAGGAGGAGGUGGGGGGGGGGGGGUGAUGGAGGUGGCCAAGCUGGUUGCCCCUGGUUACUGUACACUGGCGGUUUCUUCAUUAGGAUGUUGUGUGUUGUCCUGUGUGGACGCGGUGUCUAAAGCGGCCCGCAGAGGGCGCUACAGGCGCACUCCGAAAUAAAAUGAAACCGAAUCUU